AUGUACUGGAAAAAUGAAGUGUUGUCCCCUCUCUCAGAGGGAAAUAAUAUUCUGUCCGAAGGAAUUCCCACGAAGAAGGUGAUCUCCACCGAGCAUCAGAGUGCACCGGGAGCCUCGCGCUGCACCGUGGACUCUAAACACGCGCCCAUGUCUCAAUCGGACGGAGAAUCCCAGCGGUCCAACAUGGAGCGGGAGGACACUCGCUCGUCCCCCAGCACUCCGUCCACCCCCUCCGCGUGCUCGCCGACCUCGACCAUCAGCUCGGUGCCGUCCAUCGGCAAGAACGUGUGCACCAGCUGCGGUCAGGAGAUCGCGGACAGAUACUUGCUGAAGGUGAACAACCUGAUCUGGCACGUGCGCUGUCUGGAGUGUUCUGUCUGCAGGACGUCGCUACGUCAGCACAGCAGCUGCUACAUCAAAAACAAAGAGAUCUUCUGUAAAAUGGAUUAUUUCAGUAGGUUCGGUACUAAGUGUGCCCGCUGUGGGCGGCAGAUCUACGCCAGCGACUGGGUGCGCCGUGCACGGGGGAACGCGUUCCACUUGGCUUGUUUUGCGUGCUACUCGUGUAAGAGGCAGUUGUCCACGGGAGAGGAGUUUGGCUUGGUGGAGGAGAAGGUCCUGUGUAGGAUCCACUACGACACCAUGGUGGAGAACCUCAAACGAGCAGCUGAGAGCGGCAAUGGUAUCACAUUAGAAGGAGCAGUUCCAACAGAACAAGACAGUCAGCCCAAACCGUCCAAAAGGGCACGGACAUCCUUCACUGCAGAACAGCUACAGAUCAUGCAAGCUCAGUUUGCCCAAGAUAACAAUCCAGAUGCCCAGACGCUACAGAAACUAGCCGACAUGACAGGCCUCAGCAGGAGAGUUAUACAGGUGUGGUUUCAAAACUGCAGAGCAAGACACAAAAAGCACACGCCCCAGCACGGUGGGGCUCCCCCAGGUCACCUCCAGUCCAGGAUACCCUCGUCCCUGCCCGAUGAGCUGCAUUACUCCCCCUUUGGAAGUCCUGAGCGGGCGCGCAUGGUGGCCCUUCACGGGUAUAUCGACAGUCAUCCCUUCUCCAUGCUGACCUCUCAGAGUCUCCCUCACCAGGCCAUGUCACUGCCCCAGCUCCCCCUCAGCCGCUAG